AUGCAUUUCCUAACCAUAGCCCAUUGCAAUGAGGGUAAAUUGGACUAUAAAAAAGUGUUGCGUACUCAAUCGAACAAGUUUAUUGAUUGGGAUGUUCCAUUCUGUUUAUUGAAACCAAGUGUUAGUGAGAAUGUGGUUGGAAUGAAUCAGUAUCAGAGCUCAGUAAAAGCACCACUGAAGAGCCAAGGUCAAAAGAAUGGAGAACUCGAUUAUGACAGUUUUGUGAAUGUUGGAGGUAGGUACACGAAUACAUCCACAUCACAGGAGCAACAAAAACAACAGUUGUAUAGUCAUCACCAAACUCAAGGCGUAUCCAGCACAGUUUUGAAAAUGGUCAAACACAAAUCCGGUCAAGUCAAUCAAUUGUUGCGCAAGAAGUUUGAUUCAGCAAUGGAGAAAUUGACAAAUGGGAAAUGGAUUGAAUACAGUGGGAGAAACAAAAACACCUUCAAGAUUGACCAACAACACCAUCAAGAAGGUGAAACAUCUCAGUCUUUGCAAUCCGACACAUAUGACAAACUUGCGGGAACUUUCAAUAAUUGCAACCAACAAGAACAACAACAGCAGCAGCAGCAGCAAUCAACCGGGCGCCUCGCCUAUUCCUCAUCAUCCUCCUCCUCCCCAUUGCACACCGCACUAACUCAAGAAAUCAACAACUUGAUCUGUUUCAAAAUGGCAAGACACAAACGUUACGCCAAACGAAAGAUCUCAUUUUUUAUGCCAUACACAUUCGUAGGUGCAAUUUUUGAGUGCUUGAUCCCCUUGGAUCAGAAACACGAGAUACUACAGUCGAUGCUCAUAAAUCUGCAAAGCGCUCAUCAUCAUAAACACCGUCUGCUGCAACAGCUACACCAUCUGCAUCACCUGGGUCAAAGAUUGCAGUCAAAUCACAAUGAAUUCUUCAUGGUGCUGCAAAGUUUCCAAAUCAAAUGCGACACUCAUUUAUCUAGACCCAUAGCACCACUCAUUGCCGAAGAUUCUACCAAGCAAUGGUUUGAAAACAAGUUUCAUCACUUGCUCAACCCAAAGUUCAUCCAAACCAUUCCAUACUUGACCACACCAACCCCACCUGCUCCGCCAUCAUCAACUUCGAAAGCAGCAUCAGCCGCAUGGACACUAUUACAACAACCUUUGCACCUCCUCACUACCCCGCUAAAAAUUCUUGGGUUCCCCAUAACCUCACCAAAUAACGCCAUGUGGUCAUCAUUGUCCACGCCAACAUCCACCUCCACGUCUUCGUCUUCUUCUUUUGCCUUUGCCUUUGCCUUUGCCUCCUUUUUGGCUGACACAUCCUGGGCAGACAAGAUUGACGUUAAUGAAGACUACAACUACAACGAAAUCGACCUACACUUGAUCAGCAAAAUAGUGGCGUACCUGGCAAACAUCCUAAACCAAUUAAUUGCCCCCUUUGAUUUCAAUGGGUUGGUCAAGGGGUAUAAUCGAGCCAAUGCGAAUGAAAGAGAGGAUGUACAAUCAGCAACACUGACACAAAAUGGAGACUUUCCACAAGAUGAAACUGAUAUACAUUCGCAAUCACCACUGGCUCACGCAAACUGUUCUUCCAAUGAUGACGGAACUUCGUCUAAGGGACUAUCAUGGGAUCAAAAAGUCAGCUAUUGGUUAGCUUCGCUCAAUGAGAAAUACGUCAAUCGUAUUUUGCUACAAAUUGAAUCUAAUUGGGAUAGACUAGACUUUGAUUGA